GACUCGGUGACGGACUUCCUGCGGUACAGGCCCAAGCCUUGCCAAGGCAAAGGUUCUUGGCAGCGUCCUGACUCAACGUAGAUCUACACAAGCACCGAAACAGACUAGCAGGCAGCAGGUGUAUUCUCGGCAUUCCUAGACUUUUCACUGCAGCAAGAGGAUUUGGUUGUUGCUGUGUUGGUACUGGCAUCAUAAUAUUAUUAUGACUUAUGAGUUUUCCGCUUGCUGAGGCUGGAAACACUUCCCUGCGCUUGCAUGUCGACUUACUAGCAUUCCAUCUUCGGAGGGGCAGUUGAUGAAGACUGCUUUACUGGAAGGAAGCUACCGCUCUUCUCCAUUGGGAAGAGAGAUCGAGAGUACAUUGGCCGAAACGCAAAGACACCUUCCUUUUAUUGGGAUUCGCCACGUCCUCUCUUCCUGAGCCGGUGUGAGCGUUUCCGCAUGCACCGGUGCUUUUACUGCAGGCCAUGGCCAACUGAUUCAUGUCCAGGAGAGUCAGAGCAUUGAUUAUGGUCAGUGUACGCUUGUACCCCGCACGAAGGCCAAGAACUGCCGUGAACGACCUGCUGAACAAGGACACGGUCAGCAUGGCGAGUGGUGGCUGCAGUUGGACUUCACCACGGCGUGCGAUGGACGAGGUGAUUUUCGCAAAGCAAACAGUGCGCCCCGCAAAGCUGCACCUGUGCGGAGGACAAUGCCUCAACGAAUGCUGCAGACCGUUCGAUUGCCGUUCGUGGUUUCGACAACGCUGACGAUGGUUUCCCACGCCAGCCUCAACUGACUCGUGUAUGACGACGGAAAUUGUCGACGAACUGCAGAAGUAAGAAAGCGAAGGAUGUCGAUCAAUCUACCCUGCAAAGACUACGAAUGGUGCGCGCUCCGUGAGUGGCGAUAGUUCUGUGGACACGCGGGGACAAGUGAUCGAGCAGCAAAUUCGACGACGUCGUCAGAGACCCGAGAGCUCAGAUGAGAAGCAGUGUGACUGUCCUCAACACCAGCUUUCCGUCUUGUCGGGAACGUCGAAAGCAUAUUCUAGUGGAAGCAACGGUGCCUGAAGUUCUCUGGAAAGUUUUACAGCGCAAGCUAGUUCUGUGGUACUAGUAGGUUUGACUGGAGAAGAGUCAGUUGUAUGGUGUUCCGAAUCAGGACUGGGACGCGUGCAGAAAGGAAAUAGAGCUUAGUCUGUCUCCAGCAGCCUUGUAUUCUAUCAGUCCACGCAAUAAGACACACAGAAGCAGAAAGACGUUUGUUGGAGAGUUUCAGUGUUCUGCAGGAGGGCAGCGCUAGUGGCCAAUGGCUGAGCUGCCAUGGUGGAGGCUGGUGAGCUUCCUCAACUCAGUACUGCUAUACUCCAUGUGCCUGGACCAGCUUCAACAGCAUUUAGCGGUGGAUGCGUAUCUGGCUGCUACGGAUGUGCCUUACACGUGGAAGGGCGAAGACGACACCGACACGUACUUUGGUUUCAGCCUGUCUUUUCACACUUACGGCAAUCAGAGCGGGUUACUAGUCGGUGCUCCGAAGGCAUCGAGCGUUUUCGCCGACCGAUCUGUGACGAAAUCGGGUGCGCUCUUUGAGUGUCCAUUUCAAAUCAAGUCAACUGAAGGGUGUCAGGAAGUCUCGGUCGACAGCUCAGCAAAUGAUCGUCUUGCAGAUGGAAGGCUAAAGGAGGAGAAGAGCAAUAUGUGGCUAGGCAGUGCCGUGAUGAGCGCGGGUCCUGAUCAACGUGUCUUGGUGUGUGCCAGAGCAUACCAACAGAUCUGGCGCUGGCCACGGCUUGCUGAUUCAUCCGGUGAUACAGACAUCUAUGAUGAUGUGGGUCGGUGCUACUUACUUCCAAGUCAGCUUGAUGACGAGCAGUCUAUUCAGACCAUCCAGGCUUGCCAUUACUUCAGCAAUAAUGUUGAAAAGGGUCCAGGAAAGUACUGGCUAUCGCAGUGUGGUGUUGGAGAUCGUAUAGAUGCCAUUCAGCUACAGACCGAGGAAGCACAGCCUAGCGACUCUAACCAAACAGCACAGAGUAUAGAACACUAUCAGUUUGCUAUCGGAGGACCAUCCCAACUCAUUGGCAGAGGGCAGACGUUUCUUGUGGAGUACAACACUUCCGCUGAUGGCAAUGCAGACGUGCGGACCACCGGUUUCCCGCACACGGAAAACUUUAUAGACACGUACAUGGGAUACGGCCUGACGCAGGGCGACAUUGACGGCGACGGAACUGUGGAACUGGUUUCAUCGCGUCCACGGGAGUAUGAAGGCGGCUGUGUCUGGAUCCUGGUCGGAGAGGCAGACUAUAAGCGGUUUCAUUCCACUCACUUCAACCCAGCCAACCUACUCAUCAUAAUACGCUCGCGCGAGGAGGUAGGAGAGUACUUUGGCUACAGCAUGGCCUUGGCUGAUGUCAAUGGUGAUGGGCUUAGCGAUCUGAUUGUUGGAGCACCGCUCUACUCCACUGCAGACUCCCAUGGGGAGCACAAGAGACAGUAUGACGCCGGGCAUGUUUACAUCUUUGGAGGUGAACAGCUUGCAGAACUAAUUGCUCAGCGCCAUGCUUCCAGUGCAAUCAGCAAGCUGCGGGCAGCUGAAGGCGAUGGAGGUCACAUAGUAGGCCAGGGACGCUCAUGGUUUGGAGCUACCGUCGUAUCGAUGGGAGACAUGGACAGAGAUGGAUACGAGGAUAUAGCAAUUGGAGCUCCAUUUGAGGAGAUUCCUGGAGGUUCCACGGGUGCUGUUUAUCUCCACUUUGGUUCAGCCGCUGGACUGCAGUUAACAGCAAAGCAGAAGCUGACACCAGAAAGUGUUGCGCACCACACAGCAGCCAUGCACGGUUUUGGAUUCUCCAUAUCCAGGCGCUGGGAUAUCGAUGCCAAUGGAUUCAAUGACCUUGCAAUCGGUGCUCCGCUCUCAUCUGUAGCUACUGUGUUCAGAUCUCGCCCGGCCAUUGUGGUCACCAUGCACAUCAUUGUUCCACGUCAUCCGGCCAACGAGCACACGUACUGUGAUGCUGCACAGCUCACCAACGUCCUAUGCACCAAGGUGUCAGUGUGUGCCAGCUAUACGAAUAUCGGUGCUGACGUUGAGGCAGAGAUCCGGUAUGUUGCCAAGGUGAAAGGCUCUCUCCUCUUCAGCACCGACAGUCUAAUACUGAGUACAUCGGCUGGAGGCACUCUGAAACUGGCAGAACAGUUUCCGGCACGCAAAUGCUUUGACCAUAUUUUAAUAUUACCUGCCUUACGCAGCCCAUGUUUGCACACUACCGUGUCCGUUAGCGAAUGGCAUCUUGUAGAUCAUCGCAGCACUCGCGCCAACUUGAGCCCCGUUCUGAAGCAGAACACACACAAACUACCAACUCCAGCUGUGGUUGAGUUUGUGCGACCCUGUGACGGCUGUCAACCUGAUUUGCGGCUACAAAGAUUGCGCUUGGAGCCAGGGACUAGUCAGAGACCGAUCGUACUGGGCAGGGAGAAACGUCUUCUCCUGAAGUUUGAGGUGGCAAACCAGAAUACACACUGUGCUGACAUAUCUGGUGCAUGCGGUGCUAAGUUUAAACUUUCCCUUCCAGCCGGACUGACGUUCAAAUACGUACUGCAAGGUCACAUCCGUGCUUGUAGUGCGGAUGUCGAUGCUGGCAGUGCAUCGUGUCACAUACGACCCAUCAUUCCACCGGGCACCACGGAGACGUUUGAAGUUCAGCUGAACGUUGACAAAGCCCUUUCCAACUCUCUUGAGCGCUAUCUGAGCGUCGGCGUUCUUGUGCGAAGCGAGAAUGAAUUCCGCAACCUGGAGGAUAACCUGCAGGAGCUGCGUGAACAGGUCAGCAGAGAAGCCUCUUUGUCAAUAUCUGGAACGUCGUACCAGCGUCAAGUGGAGUUAUCCGGUCACGAUAGCAACACCGAACAAUCCGCAGACAUCGGCAGUGCAGAUAGAGGCAGUAGCAUUGGACCACUGGUCGGCCAUGAGUAUCUGAUAUACAAUGAAGGCCCUAGCCCUAUUCCAAAGUCAUCAAUUAAACUCAACUGGCCAUUGAUGAUUGACGCUGGUUCACAACUGCUCCAUUUGAUGGAUAUCCAGAGCAACAUGAAGUCCUUGGUGUGCAAUCACAGUUCUCUGGUGGAUCCUUUGUGGGAGACGGCCGAGUCUGGGAAUGGAGUCGGCAAUGAAUCAUACAGCUUGAAUGCCCUGCCAAGAAGUGACUCUCAGAAUGAAGCGCCCAGAGAGUGCAUCUCACGAGGUGGUCUGUGUCAUGUCACUGUUCACUGCACCGUGCCAGCCAUGGCGGGAAAGACAGCAUCAAUCAUCCUGGCCUCUUGGCGCGUCAACACACAACUCUCAAAGCUAGAAAGGGAGAAGCUACCACUGACAAUCAACACUACUGUCCAGCUGCUGACCGUGGAGAAGUCUGAAGGCUUCCAGCAUAUCCACACUGAAAAGCACUCUGCCUAUGCGUCUACAACUAUCUAUGAAGUGUAUGUAAAGCCACCGGGGCAGGUGAAGUGGUGGAUCAUACUGAUCGCCGUGCUCAUCGGCUUUCUACUCAUCAUUAUCUGUAUGUACAUCAUGUAUAAGUGUGGCUUCUUUGAGAGGAAGAAACUCGACCGAAACGCCGAACAAAAGGUGGCAAGAGCAUCCAUUCGUUAGUAGGAACUUUGCUGAAAGGUGCAAUCCGAAUGUUUAACCAUUUUUUGUGUUGGCGAUGAACAUUGUGCCCUUGGAGAUAAACGCUGUUCCCUUGGCGAUAAACACUGUUGCCUUGGCGAUGGUCAUUGUUGUCUUGGCGAUGGAAAGCAUUUGCUUCCUUUGCAAGAUCCCAUUAUUCUGAAGAAGGCAUCCCUGAAGACAUAUCAAAAUCUUCCUUUCUGUUCACUUGAGCAUGCAAUGUUGCUUACAAAUCAGAUUUGCAAAAUGCCUUCCACAGUAACAAUUCUAUCAGACAUUUCUAUAUUUUAUGAAGACGAAUCAGCAUGCGUAGCAGGGCCCAUUCUGCCAAGCAUCUCACUUUAGACUGCAGACUACACCGUCCAGUCAAAGUACAUGUCAUUCCAAGUCAUGUGUGCCCUAUGACAUGACUGCUAUACCACUCGAUAUUCAAGUUCUAAGAAUCAAAUGCGAAACAUUACCGAGCAUUUUG